GCUUCCGGCGCCGGCGCCGUCUUAUCCCUCCCUCCUUCCCUUGGCGGCCAGAGUGUUGCGCGUGGCUGUGGGCGAGCGGCGUUUCCCCGGCGUGGCCGCCUUCUCCGCCCCUCCCGCGGCCUCUUUUCUCCCCUCGCCCUUCCUCGCGUCGCCCUCUUGGUCCUUUCCCCCCGCUGCUCCUUCCCUCCCGCCGCCGCCGCCAUGGCGAUGAGACAGACCCCGCUGACGUGCUCCGGCCACACGCGGCCUGUGGUGGAUUUGGCCUUCAGCGGCAUCACCCCCUACGGGUACUUCCUCAUCAGCGCCUGCAAGGAUGGGAAACCUAUGCUUCGCCAGGGUGACACAGGAGAUUGGAUUGGAACAUUUCUGGGUCACAAAGGAGCUGUCUGGGGUGCCACUUUGAAUAAAGAUGCCACUAAAGCAGCUACAGCAGCUGCAGAUUUCACUGCCAAAGUGUGGGAUGGUGUUUCGGGAGAUGAAAUAAUCACCUUAGCCCACAAGCACAUUGUCAAAUCUGUGGACUUUACUCAGGACAGCAAUUACCUGCUGACAGGUGGGCAAGAUAAACUGUUGCGUAUCUAUGACUUAAGCAAGCCAGAGGCAGACCCUCAAAUCGUCAGCGGCCACACGUCUGGGAUUAAAAAGGCUCUGUGGAGCAGUGAUGACAGACAGAUCCUUUCAGCAGAUGACAAAACUGUCAGACUCUGGGACAGAAAUACAUUUACAGAAAUAAAAGCAAUAAAUGUUGCUAUGUCUGUCAGCAGUAUGGAAUAUAUUCCAGAAGGGGAGAUAAUAGUAAUCACCUAUGGAAAAACAAUCGCCUUCCACAGUGCAGAAACUCUGGAACAGAUUAAAUCCUUUGAGGCUCCUGCAACAAUUAAUUCUGCAUCCCUUCACCCUGAGAAAGAAUGUCUAGUUGCGGGUGGCGAGGACUUUAAACUUUAUAAGUAUGAUUAUAAUACUGGUGAAGAACUAGAAUCUUACAAGGGGCACUUUGGGCCUAUCCACUGUGUCAGAUUUAGCCCAGACGGAGAGUUGUAUUCUAGUGGCUCUGAGGAUGGAACGCUAAGACUGUGGCAGACAACAGUCGGGAAAACAUAUGGUCUCUGGAAAUGUGUGAUCCCUGAAGAAGAAGGUGUAGAGUUGGCGAAAUCAAAGGCCAACCUUCCAGGAACUGCGGAGGAAGACCUAGAAGACCUUGGCUCUGAAAACUCAGAUUCCAUCUACAGCACAACUCCUGAAGUUAAGGCUUAAGUUCGCAGCUGUCAAUGGCAACAUAUGGACAUUUUGAGACUAAAUCAAGGAAGCAGUGGAAUGCAGCAGCGUCCCAGGGUGCACACUGUACCCCAAGGCAAAGAUGGGCAGUAAUUGAUGAGAAUGUAUUGGAACUGGCUGUCUUUCAAGAGAGCUGAGAGUAUUGAAUGAGAUGAGCAGUAACGGUUUUUCGCUAUCUUCUAGCGCCACUGCCUGUUGUAUGUCUGAAUGUAACAUGGCAGCCGAGACCCAGUUUCUCCAACUGUGGUUAACUCAGUAUAGUGUUAAUAAUUGAGGAGAAAUGUAAUGGCUUCUAGUAGAGUGUUCUCUGAAAGUGGAAAGAAUUGGCAAAAAGAUUGGGUUAUGUGGGAAAACAGCGGAUUUGGUUUUUUCCCCUUUUGUUGUACACAUCUAAAUAAUCUGUUUUCAACCAUCUAAAUAAAUAAAAUGCCUCUACAACAA